CAUCAAGACAUUUCCAUCACGAUGACAUCUCUGAAGUUUGCUUUACAUCUGACUUGUCUUUGCUUGUGGAGAAUUGCUACAGCAUCUACUCAAUCUACUGGUUUUAUAUCGGCUAAUGUUGGCGAUAACGUGACAUUAGAGUGUUCCUAUAAGGAUGAUGUCGCAGCAAUGUUCUUCUGGUAUAAGCAAACUCUGGGACAGAAACCAAGGCUCAUCUCAACCUUCUAUAAGCAUGAUAAAAAGGGCACAUUUAUUGAUGAAUUAAAAAACGAUCCACGCUUCACACUGGAAACUAAAAAUGGAAAUUAUCACUUGACAAUCUCGGAGUUACGCCAUUCCGACUCGGCUACUUACUACUGCAUAAGUAUUUAUGCCUACCAGUUUCAAUUUACCGAGGGCAUCACUGUCAAUGUAAAGGAUUCAGGUUUGAAGAUCCAAGCUACGGUCCAUCAGUCGGCGUCUGAGAGCAUCCAGCCAGGAGGCUCUGUGACUCUCAACUGUACAGUACACACUGGGACCUGUGAUGGAGAACACAGUGUUUACUGGUUCAAGAACUCGGAAGAAUCUCAGCCAGGACUCAUUUACACCCAUGGAGGCAGGACUGAUCAGUGUGAGAGGAAACCCAACACACAAACACACACCUGUGUCUACAACCUGCCUAUCAAGAACCUGAGUCUUUCUCAUAAUAUGACCUACUACUGUGCUGUUGCCUCAUGUGGACACAUUCUGUUUGGAAACGGGACCAAGCUGGACUUAGAGGAUAAGGUGGAAUCGCCCAAAUCUCUUGUGUAUUUCUUGAGCGCAGCUUUGGCUUUCACCACCACCCUGGUUGUGUUAUUGGCUUUCUCGGUGUACAAGGUGAACAAGAGAAACAGCUGCCAAUGUACAGAGUGUCAAAAAGCUUCCAAAACAGCAAAUGCAGAGGGUUACCAAGAUGUAGACAACCUCCAUUAUGCUGCGUUAAGGGAUCCCAGGAUCAACAGACCAAGAAAAGUUAGAGACAACACUGUCAGUGAAUGUGUGUACUCCAGUGUAAGGCAGUAG